AAAGACAUGACGCCUCCAAAAUGUUUCUCGAAGGAGAAAUCUUCACCUGCGCUGGAUUGGGCAACUGAGCACGUGUUGUUGCGUCCCAGGUCACUUCACUUCACUUCACUUCGAGAUAUCGGGCUGCGCCCUCGCUAUAAUAUUAUUAUCUACGGCUGGGCCUAAUUGAAUAAACCAUUCCUUUCGUUGCGGUUGACUCUCGUGUCUCUUCCCUUUGUUUAUAUCAAUUCUUUUUUCUCAAGUUCGGCUGGUCGAGAUUUUAAUAGUGCUGGGUCAUUCAUAAUGAGGAGCUCAAUGUAUCGAAGAAACGCUCGCCCGAGUAACUUCCGGGUAUUCAUCCGCGACCACGUCCCGGAUACCGUUGACGAUUCCGACUCCGACUCCGACUCCGACUCCGACUCCGAUGGGGAACCGGACACGCCAUCGCCGACGACAACUACGUUCCCGUCGUCUCCUGCUGGAACCGGGACUCCCGCGCAGCAAAUCGGAGCAUCAUCAACAACCCCGGGGUCUUCACCGACAGAAACUCCCCAGCCAGCGACAGAUGCUUCUCUGUCAACAACAACAACACCCGCUGCGAGCAUCGACGACGCAUCGCCUCAAUCUACUUCAGCCGGCGCGGGCCUUACAUCAACUUCGCUACUACCGCAAAGCAACGAACCGUCACAAGCCCAACUAAGCCAACCCGAGAAUCCCCAGCGCAUAAUGAGCAAGGGCGGCGCCAUAGCACUCGGCACAAUUGGAGGCACCAUAAUCCUCGCAGCCAUAAUAUUCCUCCUCUGGAAAUGCCGGCGGCGCCAGCACCAGCGGCGGGCCCUCGCGAACGGAAGCAGCGACAGCGACAGCAACAGCAGAGGUCGAGGAUUAUUCUCCCCCUUCGGCAGCUUCUUCGGGUUCAAGAGGAUGAAAGAAGAAGAAGAAGAAAAGUGGAAGCCGCAGCUGCAGCCGCAGCCCCGGGGGAUAUACACGACGAACCGGCGGGUAUCGGGCGGCAGGAGGACGAGCUCCAAGAUCAUGGACGACCUGAUGGCGGCCGCGUACGCGGCCGAGGACGGCAACGCGUCGCAGUACGGGGUCGCGUACAUGGACGAGAAGCAGCCUCGGCGACUGUCUGGCAACUCUUCCUUGUACGGCCCGGAUUCGAGGCGGCGGUCGAAUAUGCCUCCCCAGGCCCAGGCGGCGGCGGCGGGUCCGGACAGGGGCUCGAACUCCCUCUACGUAAAUCAGCUCCUGUCCGGCUUCUACAAGGGCCGGAGGGUAGACGGGCUUACGACCCCGGCUCAAGCCCGAGUCGCCCCUCCUGUAGCUCCCUCCGUCUCGGGGCAGACGGAGGUGACGGCUACGACCGAAAGUACGUGGAGGACGUGGGGUUGGUCGCAGAAGAAGCCGCCGAAGGAGUCUUGGGUUGAUAAGUGUAUUCGCUUGGGAGGCCUACGAUAAUUUUCGGCCUCGCUUCGGUAGAUUCGCAGCGCAGGUUCGGACCUAGUUAUCGAAGUGCUACAAAAUAUUCGUUUUGGGUCUGCUAUCUAUGGCUCCUUGUAGACAUGACGU